CACUUUCUAUAUAUUCUGCUCUGUUUAUGAGAUUUGCCUGGAAAGUUCAGCCACGUAAUCUGCUCCUGCUUGCUUGUCAUAUCACAAACGAGACUGCUCAGCUGAUUCAGCUUGGAAGACUAGGGAUACAUGAGUAAGUAUGAAACAAACAUAUAUUCCAGUUUACUAAUUGCAGAAGGUCGUUGAGUGUAAAUUUUUUACGAGGCUAUGAGCUAUUUAAAACACGAGCAGGAAUACUUUAUCAGCUAUCUCAGAUAUAUAUCAGAUGGCUCAAAAAAGGACCCAUCUUAUGAAUGCAUCAGCUCAUAAUUUUAGCUGCGUAAUUUUAAAAAUCAACGUAAUCUAGGCCAAGAAAAUCAAAGCUAAGGUCUAUGUAGUCUCCUGCGCACCCACUAACAACGUGUGCGCAGGAGGCUAAGGUCUAUGUAAAUUAACAUGAUUUUUCAUCAGCCUAGACCUAAGUAUAUAGCCUUCUAUUUUUAUUAUUUUUUUACAGUCAAACCAGAUGUUCUCUUGCAAACAACAUUGCAAUAUUCCCACAAUAUUGCAAUUUUGAUAGGCAGAUUGCUCUGAGCAAUUUGCAACCGACGCGAACAAGUUGAAGUUCACAAACGUUUUGUAAACAAAGCCUCUGAUUGGAUUAUAAGAAAGAGGGAAGUCAAUCAAAUAGUCUGAGCAACUGGAUUGGUGCUUUCCUCUUUCUUAUACACUAUAGUCCAAUCAGAGGCUUUGUUUACAAAUCUUUUGUGAAUUUCAACUUGCAAUGUUCGCGUCGGUUGCAAAUUGCUCAGAGCAAUCUGCCUAUCAAAAUUGCAAUAUUGUGGGACAAUAUUGCAAUGUUGCUUGCAAGAGAACAUCCGGUUUGACUGUAAUAUUCAGCGCUUUUUCACAUGAGAACUGAGAAGACUGGGACCUCGGCGAUUUGGGGGCGGGGCAGAGGAAGGGUGUUACGUUCGUGGGUGAGAACGAACAAAAAUGUAUGUCCAGGGAUGCCGGAACCACGGGUGCAGCGGGUGCAAGUGCACCCCUUGCCUAUUGCAUUUUCAACUGUGUUGGUGCAGUGCGGGUGCAGACUAUGGGUGUAACGUGUGCACAAAACUUUUACAACAGACAUAACGUUGCUCGAGGAAGUGUGUGGUGGUGUUCCAUCCCCCCCAGUCGUCAGGAAUUCGGCAAAGUUGUUAUCCAUUUGGCGAAAGGUGAAACGGAAAGUAUUACUUAUGGAAUUUUUGGCGAGAAACUACGGAGGAAUUGUGGCUAAAUAAUUGUAUUCGGUCCGAAAAUUUUGGUGGCGGGGAGGGAGGUAGACACGAAUGUAGGAUCAUGACGCCCUUUCAUUUUCAUUGGUGCCCUUUUGUUAAGGAGUAUGCCCUCUUAUUAACCAAUUGCACCCCUUGCCCUCAGCAACUUCCGGCAUCCCUGUGUCUCUGCAUCUUCAUGAUCUUUACGCUCGUUACCCUCCUUGACCAGACACAGCGACACGCGCUGGCCAAGGAGAUUUUCUCGUAUUUGGAAGAUCCUUCUUCUUCGUCUUAUGAACUUUGCGAUGACAAUAAAUCCAACAAUAUCACUUUAUUCUUCUUGAACAACAACAGCAAAUUACUAUUUCUAAACUUUUCUCAGAUCCUUUUUUAGCUUAAGCUUUCGCUGCUUAUAUACUGUCCGAAUGAUAUUUAUAGAACAUUACAUAAAUUAAAAUACUAUUUUUAGAUACUACGUAAACGAUAAAUAUAGCAAAAGCAUGAAUCAGCCAGCCGAGUAAAGAAAGGCCUAGGUGUAGGCUGAUUUUUCAUCACAUAUAAAACAAGCGACACAGUAGUAUUUUCUUUGUCUUUUCCUAAUGAAUUAUUUAUGAUUUCUUAAAAUAUAUAUACUAGAUGAUCCAUGAUAGGGUAUAUGGGUACAUAUCAGGAUUAUUAGGAGUACAUAUCAGUUUCGUUUCCUGCUGGAAGGCUUACUGCUCCUGGUUAAGUCUAAAUAAAUGUAGAAAGAUUUACACUCGGAAUUUCCAUCUACAAAACCUUCAAGGCUAAUUUUAUAACUUUAUUUUUUUCAGAUAUAACAAGCCAAAAGAACCGUUGUAA